AGCUUUACUUUAAACAACACCCAAUAAUUGCAUAGAUUCAUUUCAAUUUUUAUUAUUUUUCAAAUUAAACAAAAGAGACUUCCUUUUAUUUAUUUUUGAUUUAAGAACGAAAGGCACCAGAGGAAAGAGUGUGUGUGUGUGUGUGUGCGGUUUUCUGGUCUCAAUCGAGCUGAUUUUUGAGAGAUUGUUCAUCUAAUAACAGAAUUCAAAAAACCCAUUCAAACCCUUUGAUUUUUUUUAUUUGGUUUUGAGCUCCAUAAAAGCUCUGUUUUUUUUUUUUCUUCAUCGUGGUAAACGAUUAGUUUUUAGGGUUUGGUUUUUGGGUCGGUGGGUUUGAAUCUGUAGAGAAAUGGGGAGUAGGAAGGAAGAAGAACGUAAUGAGAAGAUUAUUAGAGGUCUCAUGAAGCUGCCACCUAAUCGUCGCUGCAUCAACUGCAAUAGCUUGGGUCCACAGUAUAUUUGUACUAAUUUCUGGACUUUCAUUUGUAUGACUUGUAGUGGGAUACAUCGUGAGUUCACUCAUCGUGUAAAGUCUGUGUCCAUGUCCAAAUUCACAUCCCAAGAAGUUGAAGCACUUCAAAAUGGUGGUAAUCAGCGCGCAAGGGAAGUAUACUUGAGGGAUUGGGACCAACAAAGGCAGAGAUUGCCUGAUAACAGCAAUGUUGAAAAAGUGCGAGAAUUUAUAAAGACUGUCUAUGUUGAUAAAAAAUAUGCUGGUGGAAAGACCCAUGACAAGCCUCCUAGGGAUUUGCAGAGGCUUAGAAGCCAUGAAGGUGAGACAAGGCGUGCAAGCUCUUAUCAUUCUUAUUCUCAAAGCCCGCCCUAUGAUUUCCAAUAUGAAGAUAGAUGUUAUGGAAAACAAACUGCUGUUCUCACACGGAAACCUGGUUCAGAUCGAGGCCUUUAUGUCGGGAAGAUGUCUAGUUUUAUUUGCAGUCCUACUCACUUAAAUGAAAAAAUGUUUGAGGACAGGUUUGCAAAUGAGGGCUCUGUUUCUAGGGUUUCAGAUUAUUCUGCAUCUAGUGGGUGUGAUCUAUUCAGUACAGAGUCCCCAAAUUUUCAGAAGGACAUGGGCUCUAGCAGUCCACCCAUUCAUACUCCAAGAGAUAAUUCUGGUGAAAAUGCACCGCAUCGAAAAAUAGACCUAUUUUCAGAGGAAAACAUUGAGAGGGAUGCAGAAGGGUUUCCACAUCAGCAGAGAACCACAUCUUUUGGAAGCAUUGCAUCAUUUGAUAGCAAUUCUGCAUCUGUCAAGUCAUAUAAUUCUGGUAAUUUACCAGAUGCUGUCUCAGAGCCUGAGCAGGGCACAGGGACGCGCCAGGAUAGGGUUCCUACUUCUCCACAGUUAUCAGCUUCUGAGAGUUGUGGUAGCUUGGAUCAGUUUAAGGCACCUGUUGUUCCAGAAUCAGAUGCUUCUGCAUCUUCACCAACAAUUGAUUUAUUUCAAUUGCCAGCAGCAUCACCGACAUCAUCUAUCAAUUUGCUUCAGGCACCAUUAAAUCCAGCUCCAUCCUUGAAUGCAUGUCAAACUACCCAAACUUCUCCUCCUUCAUCUCUUGAUCUCUUUGGUGGGAUUGUUCAGCAGCAGUCAGUUACUAGCUUGGACCAAAAUUUACCAGAGUUGUCAGUCUCUAAGAAUGACGGAUGGGCAACUUUUCAUUGUCAGCCCACAGCAUCUGCUGGAAAUCUUACGCCUUCAGUAACACUUUCAAGCAUAGGUUCUUCAGCAAAGUUAGACCAGGUUUCAUCCUUAGAUACAGGCAUGCAGUGGCCACCAUUGCAGAAUUCUAUUGCCCAAGGGUCAUCUGGUCCAUGGAACAACAGUUUGCUCAAUCUUCAAGCUUCCGAUGACACAAGUAGUGCUCAGAAAUGGAAUGCUUUUGGCAAUGUUAUUACUCCCCUUCCUUUAGAGGGCACUAAUCAAGGUUGUCAACCACAUAUAGCAGCGCAAAUGCCUUCAUCAGCUGCUGACCAGUAUCUGGGACUGAAGGCUUUUGAGGACCCUAGUAAUGAUGGGAUUCAAAGAGCUGCUCCAUAUGAAGGACUCUCCGGUUUGAAUGGACUAUUGGACAUUGUCCUGGACCCUUCAUAUACUCCUCCACAGAAUCCUUUGAUGGAAGCACCUCAAUCACACACAAUCAGUCAUAAAUCAACUAACCCAUUUGAUCUUCCAUAUGAUUCUGAUUUGGAGCCAGGCAACAUGUUCUUGGACAUGAGCUCCUUCCAAUCUGCACUGCCUAAUCCUCACUUGCCAUCACCCUUCCUUGGCGGUGUGACUGAACCAUGGUUUCCUCAAGAUUCAGCGACAACUUAUAUUCCAGCUGUACCACAAGGUGGCUUGGCAUAUAUGGCAGGACAAGCACCAAGUCCUCAAUUAGCGAAUGUCCAAGCACAAGGAUCAGUUGCUUCUAUGGGGGGGAAUCCAUUUGCUUAAAGGUUCAGCAAUAAAAAAUAUUAAUUGUUUUAUGAUUUUGGGUUCAUUGAAGUUUUAAACGACUAAUUGUAGUCAGUUGUUGAGUAGCACCCAGAGUUGUUGUUGUUGUUAUUAUUAUUAUUAUUGAGUAAUCAUUUAUGUUUGUAUUCUUUAUGAAAAUAAAACCUUGUUAUGUCCAACUCUGCUGGUUUGGAAGGCCACAAAAUUUUUAGUGCAACGAUUCACUUA